AUGGGGAGCGCUACGAAAACCAAAACGCAGCACAAUAAAUCUAAGGUUUUACCACAUUUACCACCGGAGUUAUGGACGGAGGUAUUGGCGAGGCUACCGGUGAAAAUCCUAUUAAGAUUCAGGGCUGUUUGUAAAACCUGGUGUUCUAUGAUCGAUGAUCCUGAUUUCCUUUUGAUGCAUCGUAGUCUUUUUAAAAAUAAUGUUGACAAGAAUCACUUACUUGUCAUGAGUUCGGGCUUGUGGGGAGACCAGAAAUUCCGAGUUCGUGUAAGAGAUAAUUUGACGAUAACUACACAUAUUCGGCAGAAGAGCAAAUCGUUUAAGAUUCUUGGAAACUGUAAUGGAUUGGUUUUGCUUGAAGAUUAUGAAAAGUGGGAUAAGAGUCAUAAUAAUAAUAGGAUGCGUUUUGUUUCGACGAAGCUAUGGAACCCGUCUACACAAAAAUCUAUUGUUCUUCCCUCUUGUCCGGGCUAUAAAGAUGUUGUUAUUAUUGGAUUUGUCCCUUCUAGUAAUGAACAUAAAGUGGUUGUCUUUGAAUUUCCUUCCAGAAAUUUAUCAAGUUCAACGACGUUUUCGGUUUAUUCAGUUAGUGAUCAUCUUUGGAGGACCAAAACAGUUAUGAUUGAUUUUCCUGUAAUAUCUUUGCAUUGUAUGUUUUGGUUUGUAAAGUACGGACACGUGUGUGAUUAUUACUCUCAUGGAGCUGCACACUGGCUUGUGUCUGAAGGAGAAAGACAGUUCACACAUGUUCUUUCGUUCGACUUUGGUAUGGAAAGUUUCAGGUAUGUGAAAUUGCCGGUUGUUGAAGAUCCCGAAAUGGUAAUGAAUCUGUUUAACCUAGGCGAAUCAUUGGCAGUGUUUGGUAUUUCAAACAAGAGUAGCUGCAUUUGGGUUAUGACGUCGGAAAACAACAACGACAACCCAUGGAGUGUAUGGUUUACAGGAGAUUCUAGUUCAGAUGGCUAUAAAUUAUUCUGUCGGGGAGUGUCAUAUAAGAGGCAUUUCUAUGGAUUAUUCCCCAGAAGACUGCCACAUUCGUUAUAUAAGAAGCUUUUAUUUGAUGAGAAUACAAGUACAUUCAUUGUAAUAUACAACAAGUAUGAUGAACCAAUGUCUUAUAACAUUAUAACUCAUAAAGUAGGACGGGUGAGAAAACAUAGAGCCGGCCUUAGAAUCAAAUUUGUGGAUACUUAUGUGGAGAGCUUGGCUUUGUGCAGAGGACGGGAAGACCAAACUUUGUUACGCUAA